UUAUAGAACUUGUUUUUCGCUUCUCCAAUUAAACUACCUCUCCCUCUCACCAUCCCUCUCUAUUCGCUGUCAGGAUUUGUUCUAACUCAUUUCAUUUUUCAGAUAUCAAAAUCAGAUGAAAAUUUGAUGUUAUGAUGACUUCUUGGUGAGUGUCGUAUUUGUUGGAUGACUGUGGUUCCAAAUUACAGCUAUUAAUCAAAUGGAUCGUGGGAAAGCUAAUUCAGGUAAAAGAAGGUUAAGGGAUUUACUGCAUCAAAGUGAUAACCGCAUCUGUGCUGAUUGUGGUGCUCCAGAUCCUAAAUGGGCGUCGGCAAAUAUUGGAGUCUUUAUAUGCUUAAAAUGUUGCGGUGUGCACCGAAGCCUCGGUACACAUGUUUCUAAGGUUUUGUCUGUGACAUUAGAUGAGUGGUCUGAGGAAGAAAUUGAAGCCAUGAUUGAAGUUGGAGGAAAUGCCUCAGCUAAUUCAAUUUAUGAGGCUCAUAUACCAGAUGGAGUUAUAAAGCCUGGACCUACUUCCAGCCACGAGGCACGUGCAAAGUUUAUCAGGUCAAAGUAUGAACUUCAAGAAUUUCUAAAACCUAGCUUGCGGAUUUCAUCGGCAAAGACUAAUGCUUCACUCAAAACCAGUUUUUCCCGGAAAAUUUUAGAUAGCCUUCGAAGUAAUUCGUCACAGAAUGAAACAGUAGGUAUGAUAGAGUUUAUCGGCUUAUUGAAAGUCAAAGUGAUAAAAGGCAUAAAUUUAGCUAUCAGAGAUAUGAUGUCGAGCGAUCCUUAUGUUGUUCUGAAUCUUGGACAGCAGACUGUUCAGACGACUGUAAUGGCGAGCAACUUAAAUCCAGUUUGGAAUGAGGAACUCAUGCUCUCAGUUCCUCAGGAUUAUGGACCUGUAAAGUUGAGAGUGUUUGAUCACGACACAUUUUCGGCGGACGACAUAAUGGGGGAAGCAGAGCUUGAUAUCCAGCCUUUGCUAACAUCAGCCUUGGCAUAUGGCAACCCAGAAUUGUUUUCAAAUAUGCAGAUCGGAAAAUGGUUGAAAUCAGACGACAAUGCACUCAUUGAAGACAGCAUCAUUAACAUUGUCGAUGGGAAGGUGAAGCAGAAUAUAUUACUGAAGCUCCAGAAUGUGGAAUCUGGAGAAAUGGAGCUAGAACUCGAGUGGAUGCCUCUUGCCCAAUAGGUAAUAUAUAAAUAUGUUUGAUGAUUUUGUACCCCAUUUUAAUAAGUCCUGUUAUUGAUUCAUUCUUAUGAAAUGGCACCAUACUUUUGACCUUUUCUAUUGUAUUUAUUCAUUUAACUUUCAAGUUUAAGUUCGCCCGUGUACUGGAAUUUGCUUGUUUGAUGCCUGUAUGUCCAUUUGUUUGAUGUUCUAGCUCUGGUGACAAACAGAACAGUUUGUUGAUACAGUUUGUACAUAUUUUUCUUCUCAACGCUAGUUAAACAGUUUUGCA